AUGGCCGACUUUGUCGAUCCCCGGAUGACCUCCAUCAAGCCUCGCAUCCGCUACAACACCAUCGGAGGCAUCAACGGUCCGCUGGUCGUCUUGGACAAUGUCAAAUUCCCUCGUUUCAACGAAAUCGUCUCCCUGACUCUCCCGGACGGUACGGAACGAUCGGGUCAGGUUCUGGAGGCUAGAGGAAACAGAGCUGUCGUGCAGGUGUUCGAGGGUACUUCUGGUAUUGAUGUGAAGAAGACCAAAGUCGAGUUUACCGGCCACAGCUUGAAGCUGGGUGUGUCCGAGGACAUGCUGGGUCGAGUCUUCGACGGUUCGGGACGUGCCAUCGAUAAGGGCCCCAAGGUGCUGGCGGAGGACUACCUGGAUAUCAACGGCCAGCCCAUUAAUCCUUACUCUCGAGUCUACCCCGAGGAAAUGAUUUCCACCGGUAUCUCCGCUAUCGACACCAUGAACUCCAUUGCCCGUGGACAAAAGAUCCCUAUUUUCUCAGCCGCCGGUCUCCCCCACAACGAAAUCGCCGCUCAGAUCUGUCGUCAAGCCAGUCUGGUCAAUCGGCCAACCAAGGACGUGCAUGACGGACACGACGAUAACUUCUCGAUCGUCUUCGCUGCUAUGGGUGUCAACAUGGAAACCAGUCGAUUCUUCACGCGCGACUUUGAAGAGAACGGCAGUAUGGAGCGUGUCACUCUGUUCCUCAACUUGGCCAACGACCCUACCAUCGAGCGUAUCAUUACCCCUCGUCUUGCCUUGACAACUGCCGAGUACUACGCCUAUCAGCUUGAGAAACAUGUUCUGGUCAUCAUGACGGAUUUGUCUGCCUACUGUGAUGCUCUGCGUGAGGUGUCCGCCGCCCGAGAAGAAGUUCCCGGUCGUCGUGGUUACCCCGGUUACAUGUACACGGAUUUGUCGACCAUCUACGAGCGUGCAGGACGUGUCCAGGGCCGUAAUGGAUCGAUCACUCAGAUUCCUAUUCUGACCAUGCCUAACGAUGAUAUCACGCAUCCCAUUCCUGACCUUACAGGUUAUAUUACCGAAGGCCAGAUCUUCAUUGAUCGUCAACUCUACAACAAGGGUGUCUACCCACCGAUCAACGUCCUGCCGUCGCUAUCACGUCUCAUGAAAUCUGCCAUUGGCGAGGGCCGCACCCGCAAGGACCACUCCGAUGUGUCCAAUCAGCUGUAUGCUAAGUACGCCAUUGGUCGUGACGCUGCUGCCAUGAAAGCCGUCGUUGGUGAAGAGGCCCUCUCCUCCGAAGACAAGCUGUCACUCGAGUUCCUCGACAAAUUCGAGCGCACCUUUAUCAGCCAGUCUCCCUAUGAAUCCCGGACCAUUUACGAGUCGCUCGAUAUCGCCUGGAACCUGCUCCGCAUCUACCCUAAGGAACUGCUCAACCGUGUUCCCAAGCGUGUGCUGGAUGAGUUCUAUGCUCGCUCGGCUCGGAAGCUCCCCAGCAAGGACACCCGGGAUAACUCGGGUGAGCAGCAGCAGACGUCGGCGCAGCAGAGCGCCAAUCUCAUUGAUGCGUGA